AUGGCGUCGAGCGUGGGAACCGUCGCCGAGGCGCCGCUGUCGGGAGUGGCGCGCGCGCUGCAGGAGCUGCUGGAUCUGGAGGGCCUCAUGAGGCGCAAGCCGGGUGCUGUGUCCACCCACCGCAAGGUGCAAGAAGUGACUGCGCAGCUGAUGUUGGAGGUGGACGCGAACCCGGACCCGCCGCCGCUGCCUGGCGCGCUGGUGGAGGGCCUGGCGCGCCUGCUGUCGAGCGAAGUCAGGAUCGCCGCGCAGGCGGGCGCCAGGGCCGCCUUUUGGCUGAUGGGCACAGACGCCAACCUCCAUGUCAAACACAUGGAGCGCCCCCCAUAUGCGCGCCAGCUUGCCCAGCAGCCAGGAAUUGUUGAAGCCCUGCUGAGCUGCGCUGAAGUGUUGGGUCGCGGCGGCGACGCGCGCAUGAUCCGCUGCGGUAGCGUCGAGACGCUGGGCUGCGUGGCCGCCACGCUCGCAGCUUUGUGCGCCUACACUGAGGGAGAGGCCGCGGUCGGCGCGGCGGGAGGCACAGGCGACGGCGGCCGCGCCGUUGGACUGAUGCAAGCGUUUGUCGUUGAAGCCGCCAGCUGCUCAAACGCCGGUAUGCAAGAUCUGGCUCUUGCGAGUUUGGUCCCGCUCACCGUCUUGUGCGACACCCAGCGCGCGGUGUGGGAGCGCCGCCAGAGCGGCGCCGGCGGCGCCGUUGCGGCGGCUGCAAAGCUCCUCGCCGGCGCUGGCAAAGCGCGGGGCCCGCUGUGUCGGGUCCAAUCUGCGGCGGUCUACCUGGCUGGGUGCUUCACGGACCCCCCUCCUGCAGCUGCCAGUGCGGCCCGUCGACGCUCCCGGCCAAGCCCGCCGCCGCAUGCCGCUAUCGACGCCGUCCCCGCGGCCGUGCAGUGGAUUGUGAAUGUCCUGCGCUCGCCUGGAAAUAGCGACACGACAAAAAUCGCCGGCACGGUCCUCACCCUGCUGGUCAGGUGCCCUGACACCGACGAAUGCGCGUCGGGUCGCUUCCUUGAUGCUGGAGGCGCGGCCCUCCUGUGCCGCAUCUUUGCCGAGGCGCCGCUCACAUCGACGCACCUCGACAACGCGUUGCUGUGCACGGAGACGAUGAGCAGGAUGGUCUUUAUCCGCGGCUUGGAUCCUCAGGCAGCCCGCGGCCCAGGUCGCAUCAGGCAGGGAGGACUGCCCGCGGCGGACUCGGGCCAGUUGAUCCCAGCAGUGGUGUCCGUCUUGCAGCGUCCUGGCGCCGCCGGCACCACCGUCGCACAUGCUGCAAUCGAGGCCUUGCGCAGCUUGGUGGCGAUGGUGGGCAACGACUGCCGCCCCAGAACGGCGAAAGUCUUCUGCCGCGCCUUGGCCGCCGCCCCGCGGGCGCUCGAGGCGUUUGCCGCCGAGCUGGCCCCGCUCUCGUCGGCCCCGCCGCCGCGACCCGCCGAGGCCGCCGCAUUCUACCAGACGGCCGCGCGCGCCGGCUCCAUGGCCGGCGUCGCCCUGGGUGUCGCGCUCUCCGCGCCCGGCGGGGCCGACCCGGCGGACGCACGCGUGAUCGCCCGCGCGCUCCUGCCGGCGGCGUUUGGGCCGCUGCGCGGCACGGCCGGCUUGGUGCGCUUGGGGCCGGAUUUUGUCGUACACGACUCGCUGCUGCGCGCAGCAGAGGAGCUGGUGAAGGCCGCCGGGCACGACAGGGAUGUGGCAGCCGCGGUGCUCAGUGCGCAUCCGGGGCUGAGGCGAGACAUGGACUGCCUUCUCAAGGCGUACGAGUGCAAGCGCCCGAUGAGGGGCGCCCCGCGGCCAGCUGCAUCGGCGGCCGCCCAAACCUCGACCCAAGAGGCGCUGCUGGGCAUAGACAGCUGGCUGCGCUGGGCAGAGGCGCCAGACCAGCCAGCAGGGCCAGCGCGCUUGGUGAAGGCGCCGGCGAGCGGCGCAGGCGAGGCCGCGACGGGCAGCCCCAUGCAGCAGAGGGUGCCGGGGAGCCCGGCCGCUGCCGCGCCGCCCACACCCGUGCCCGCCGCCGCGGCCUCUGCCCCUGCUGCUCCUGCUGCCCCUGCCGCCUGCGCCAACUGUGGCAAAACCGAUGCUGCGAGGCUGCGGCUGUGCCGCGGCUGCCGCCUGGUGCGUUUCUGCUCUCAGGAAUGCAUGCGGCAGCAGUGGACCUCCGCCGGUCACAAGCCCGCCUGCAAGGCUGCGCAGGCGGCGGCGGCAGCAAAGGCAGCGGUGAAGCCGGCAGCGCAGGACGUUGCGGCGGAGCGGGACGCGGCGCAGGGUGCAGGGCAGCAGUGA